ACCGACCGUGUGUUACGUGUGUGUGUUUUCCACGUGUUUUCCUGAUGACUCCUCUCCUCCACGGUAGGCCUGCAGUUGUACAAAAUGGCAAUGUUAGCUGAGCCAAAACGCCGACAGAAGUUGUCAUCUGACCCAAGAAAUAGCGCUUGGAGUAAUGAUACAAACAAGUUUGGUCAUCAGUUGAUGGAGAAGAUGGGUUGGAAGCAAGGAAAAGGACUUGGAAUAAAUGAAGAUGGCAAGACAAGCCAUAUUUCUGUGUCUCUUAAAAACAAUACUUUAGGUUUGGGCUGUAGUCAAGAGCGAGGUGAUAACUGGAUCAGUCAUCAGGAUGACUUUAAUGAUUUAUUGAACUCACUUAAUCAAAACCAACAAGACGCUAAGAAGAAGAGUAAACCACAGAGUCUUCAAGAGAAAUCUAAGAAAGCCAAGAACAGAGUCCACUACAAGAAAUUCACAGCAGGGAAAGAUCUCUCUACGUAUGAUGAUCAUGCAAUGAAUUGCAUUAUGGGAGUUAGACAGAGCAGCAAUACACCACAAAACCAAUCGGAGAAUGCUUCAGAUGAUGAAGCAUGUAGUGAAGAUGGUUCUAGUCGAGUUGGUUUUGGGUUUAGCUCCAGCAUCAAACCUGUUGUAAAUGUAUCUCAUCAAGACAAUGAUUUCGGUGUUGUGACUACUACUAGCACAAAUAGCAUGCAGGAAUACUUUGCUAAGAAGAUGAAAGCACUUCAUGAAAAAAGGAACAUCUCUUCAACAUCUGAGAUGGGAGUGUAUUUAGAAUGUACUGGUGAGGCAGAUUGUGAACCCACAACACAAAACAACAACACAGAGGAGAGUACAUACCAGAGAAAGAAGAAGAAAUCAAAAAGAAAACGCAAGAACAAAGAGAUACAGCAGUGUACAGAAGAAGAAUCUGAUAGUCCAGAUAAAGCAAUGGACCAAGAUGAUUGUAAAGAAGUUCAUUUAAACAAUGGCAUCAAAACAGAGAAAAAGAAAAAGAAAAAAAGGAAGAAAGUUGAGGAUGCAGCAGCAGUGGUUUGUAAUGAAGAUCUACAGAACGAUGAAUCAAAUAAUGACAAAAUUGGGCAAGAAGGACCGAGGAAGAAAAAGGAAACUACAAAGAAAGUUAAAAAAAGAAAAAAUCAACAAAGCUAAAUCAUGGGGUCUCAUGAUGCUCAAUAUGUAAUUCAAAUUAUAACUUGUACUCUAUUUGAGGUAAGUGGACUGUGUAUUAUCUGCAACCAAUUCCUGACUGUUGACUUAUCCAUAUUAAAGCUUUGUUCUCUCCCCUAAGUAACUACAAUAAUCAUCCAUACAUGGGGGAACGAUGUGAAUACUACUUGAAUGUGUAUCAGAGCUGCAAACUCUCCCUGAUUCUGCAAAAGGUCUCUGAAUAUUAAAGAAUCUCUCUAUAAUCUUAAGAAAUAAAUUUGAAAGUUUCAAUGAAUUUUUUAGCCCUAUUAUGUUGUAUGGACUUGUAAACACGUCCCUGAUUAUUGUACACAAUUGCCCUGAUUGCAAAAUGCAAAUGUUUGUAGCUCAGCAUGUAGAAAUAUAGUCUUGGUUCCAAGACCAUUGGUGUUGCGCGGUCACACGCAACCAACGUUCCGAU